AUGACCAGCGUCCUGGGACAUUUGAUGGCCCUCGACUUUGAGAGUCAAUACAAAAGCUGGCUCUCAUGCCCACCGGGCGCACUCUUUGAAGCUCCUGUGCGCGAAUAUGUGGAAGAAGAGAAGAAACCAAUUGCAGAAAACAUUAUCGAGCAGGCCAGGAUGUCGAAGGCUCUAUUUAUCUGGACUGACUGUGAUCGAGAGGGAGAGCACAUCGGUACUGAAGUCCGCAAAACAGCCAAAGAGGGAAACCAGCGUAUCCUGGUCAAAAGAGCGCGAUUCAGCAACACAGAGAGGGCGCAUGUUCUACGCGCUGCUCGGGCCCUCAUAGAUGUGGAUGAGAACCAAGCAAAUGCAGUUGCUGCCAGAAUCGAACUCGAUCUUCGAAUUGGUGCUGCAUUCACCCGACUGCAGAGUCUUCAACUGCAACGCAUGUGUGCUGAUCUGGCAAAUAAACUCAUCAGUUACGGAUCAUGUCAAUUCCCUACACUGGGCUUUGUGGUCGAUCGAUAUCUACGAGUGAAAAAUUUCAAGCCGGAAACUUUCUGGGGAAUUAAGGUGAUGCACGUCCAAGAAAGAAAAAAGGUCAACUUCCUGUGGAGAAGAGUCCAUCUUUUCGACAGGGCAGCCGUGACCGUCAUGCUGGAAAGGUGUCUGCUAGCAAAGACCGCUAAAGUUACGAAAGUCAACCAAAAACCUACCAGCAAAUGGAGACCUCUGCCGUUAACAACGGUGGACUUACAGAUGAUGGGCAGCAGGUACCUGCGCCUGGACAGUUCGGCGGUCAUGAAGGCCGCAGAAUCUCUCUAUACCAAAGGUUACAUCAGCUAUCCUCGUACUGAGACGGAUCAAUUUGACAAAGGAAUUGAUUUAAAGAAGUUAAUUGAGAAGCAAUUCCCCGAUACCAACUGGGGUGAAUACGCCCGAGGUCUCAUCAACGGCGCGUUCAAAACUCCUCGUUCUGGGCGCCACAAUGACCGCGCGCAUCCACCUAUCCACCCGGUAUGCUGGGUCUCACCAAGUGCACUGAACUCUGACGAGAAGAAAGUCUACGAGUUCGUAGUCCGGCGAUUUCUCGCUUGCUGCUCCGAUGAUGCAAAAGGUCAAAGCACCGAGAUUGAGAUCCAGUACGGCGACGAGAUGUUUCACGCCAACGGACUGAUCGUUCUGGAAAAGAACUACCUUGAAGUUUACGUAUAUGACAAGUGGGAGAGUAGCCAACAACUGCCCAACUUCCGAGUGGGUGAGGUUUUCGUGCCGACUGAAGCCAGCAUCUUCGAGGGCAAGACAACGGCCCCCAACUACUUGACCGAACCAGAACUCAUCGGGCUCAUGGACGCGAACGGAAUAGGGACGGACGCUACCAUGGCCGAACACAUCGCCAAAAUCAAGGAGCGCGAGUAUGUCGCCCUUCAUUCGCGAGGAAGUGGUCGCAACGCUGUGAAGGAAUUCAUCCCAACUCGCCUAGGUAUUGCCUUGGUGGAAGGCUAUGACAACGUUGUCGCCAAUCUACCGGAUAAACCGUCUCUCAGCAAGCCCUUCCUGCGCAAGGAGAUGGAGCUCCGUAUGCGUGAGAUCUGUGCAGGCUCCAAAUCGCGACAGGAGGUUGUUCAGGAGAGUCUGGACAUGUACCGCGAGGUCUUCAUUCAUACUCAGAGACGUAUCGAUAUGCUGAAGGCUGCCUGCCGAAAAUACCUGAUUGAGCAGGCAACCGUGUGA